GCGACUUGGAGGCGCACCGGCUCCGUACAGCAGAAACAUCGCACUAUGGCCUCUCUCUAAGCCUUGCGUACGAGAGAGUACAAAUCUAACCGGCAAUCCGUCACCAUCGACGCCUUGAUCAUGGACCUCCAGUCCAGAGGCUUAUUUGGGAGUUAUCGCAAUUAUCAAUAGCACUCCCGAAGAGCGAUAUUAUUAUAUAUUUUUUAAACCACUGUCACUUUUGAACAUCCUGGGAUUUAAACCGAAGUGACAUCAGUAGCACUCACCCCAUCUGCCGGUUAGCCAACUAGUUCGCUAAAGUCAAUAGCCAAGAAGGGCUUCACUCGUCUGUUUGCAGCAAGGACAAGCAAACAAACUUUUCACCAACAGAAGACUGACCAGAGGCUGAUACCCCAAGUUCCCAGUUUACAACCCUGACACUGUUGGUACCUGGCUGGCAACACACAGCCACCCUAAUGCAGACGAAUAAAAGAACGUGAAAUGAACAAACCACCACAACCUAUAACGGGACCCACCUCUGUCCCAAAUCCUUCCCCAUCCCCUGUAUUAAACCAGGCUGCAUACGGCCCCGGACAACCACCUUCUCUUGUUUUUGCCACCCCUCCGCAAAUGAACUCCGCACAGCAGCCGAGACAGUUUGCUACAGGUCCUCGUACUUUACACCAACAGGGUGGAUACAGAGCAUUGCAGAGUUACUAUCCGAGUCGAGCCACUAUGGCCGCCAGUGGUCCUAGGGUCCAGACAACCAGUGGCCCUCGACCUGUUGCACCUGCGCAUGUGUACCCUACCAGCUCCCAGAUGAUGAUGAUCCCCCAGCAGCAGAUUUCUUUCGGUGGCUCUCCUCAGAGCUAUUUUAUCCCACCUGGACAGUACCGUACUCCAUACAUGCCUCCUACCCAACAGUAUCCUGUGACCAGUGGCACAGGUUUCUAUCCUGGGACUAGUCCUGCAGAAUACUCUGCUUACGAGCCCUCUCUUGCUGCGAGGGAGAGGCGGGGUGGUGGGGGGAGAGGGGGCGGGCGAGAGAAUGGCCGUCUCUCUCUCCACGGUGCUCCUCUCACCUCCCAGCGUUACCCCGCAGGAGCGUACUAUCCUGCUCAGCCGCAGUACUCUGCGUCAGUCCAGCCAGCGCAGGUGAUGAUUAACCCACAACAACAAGCUCCACCUCCCCAGCAAGCACCCACACAGCCGCAAGCCCCGCCAAAGAGGGAACGCAAACAGAUAACAAUACGAGACCCCAACCAAGGUGGGCGUGACAUUACAAAGGAGAUCAUGUCAGGUGGAAGAUCUACCACAACAGCAACCCCCCCACUGGCAUCUGUAGCAGAAGUAAGUGUUGCCCAGACCAAUGGUGAAGUCGUACAGACUGUUGCUGUAGUGGCAAGAAGAGAUGAGCCUGUGGAACCUUCUGCCUCCCCUGAAAGUCCUCCACCUGCUGCUCCGGCAAACACGGAUCUUGUGGUGGAGGCCAAACAGGAAAUAAACAGACCAUUUACUCCGCCUGUUGAAUUAGCAACUCAAUCUGUGGCCACUACAGCCUCAGCUGAGAGACUUUCCCCGUCGCUAAAGGAGCGGCAGUCUCCGCCUUCCCUCCCAUCAGCAGCAGCAGGUAUCAGUAGUGUUGCUGAAGCAGUAACUAUGGUCAGCUCAAAAGCCGGUGACACAGUGGAUGCUCCGGUCAGACCUUCUGCAUCACCGGUAGCACAAGAGACGCCGUUGACAACAGAGGAGCCACAGGCUGCUCCGUCUGUGGAGAAAGAGGUGAAGCCAGAAGGAGUUCAACUGGAAAAAGAGGAACCGACAGCUAGCGCUAAGUCAGAACCCCCCGUUGAAGUUGCAGAUACCCCUGUGGAGACUGUGAAAGAGGAUGCUUUUGCAAAACCAUCAAGCAACGUCUCUCAGCCCCUCGCUGUACCAGAACCUGCUGCUUCACAGGCAGAGGAUGCGGACCAGAGCUCAGAACCAGAACCGGUAGAGGUUCAUCCAGCAGAGUCUCCUCUUUCCAACGGCCUUCCUCAGGAGACUGAAGAACUCUCUGAAGAUGUCCCGGUGUCUGACACUACGCCCCAGGACAAACCUGACCCUUCUCAAUCUCAGGAAUCAGCGACACCAGCACAGAAAGAAGAAGACGAAGAGGAGGAGACGAGGGAGGAAGAGCGGCCGCAGAAGAAAACUGAAGAUGCUCCUCUUGCCUCUGCCAGCUGCCCAGAGGAAACUACUAUGCAAGCUGCUACGUCUGUGCCAAAGAAGAAGAAGAGCAUGAAAGAGCUCAACAAAAAAGCCAUUGGGGGCCUUCUGGAUGCCUUCGAAGAGCAGGAGCCAGAUGCCACGCCUGUUCCUGAACCCUCAGCAGUCCAGGUCAGCCCUCCAGCGCCAGCUAAGCCUCCCACUGAAACAGUAGAUGAGACCUCGGAGGAAAAAGAGGACAAGCAGAAUGCUGAGCCGGACAAACUCGAAUCCACACUUGAUCCAACUGAGCAGAAAUACCAGUACAAAGAAGACCUGGGGGAGCCAAUAAACCCAGAAGCAAAGAAGCGGUAUGACAGAGAGUUUCUUCUGGGCUUCCAGUUUAGCAGCGCCAGUAUGCACAAACCAGAGGGUCUGCCUGUCAUCAGUGACGUGGUCCUAGACGAGGUAAACAAGACUCCGCUGCGGCCUGUUGAUCCAAGUCGGCUGAUGAGUGCGGGUUCGGAUUUCACUCCUACAUUUUUGGGGGGUCUUGGAGGCAAAUCUGCAGGACGACCCCAGCCCUCUGGGUCACAUCGCUCCCAGCAGAGCUUGCGAAAAGAGCCCAAGAAGAUCAUCAUCUUCAACAGCAGGUCUCUUACGGACAACGUACAGCUCAACAAAGCUGCGAACGCCUGGAAGCCCUCGACCAUAAAGCCCGAAGACAACAACCCCGAAGAGGCUGACGCUGAGCAGGGGAAGACUCAUGAGGUGUUCAAGCGUCUGCGCAGCAUUCUGAACAAGCUCACCCCGCAGAAGUUCCAGGAGCUGAUGAAGCAGGUGAUGGAGCUGAAAAUAGACACAGAAGAAAGGCUGAAGGGAACCAUCGACCUCAUCUUCGAGAAGGCCAUCUCAGAGCCCAACUUCUCCGUAGCCUACGCCAACAUGUGCCGCUGCCUUAUAGGGCUGAAAGUGCCCGCCCCGGAUAAACCUGGAAACUUUGUGAACUUCCGCAAACUUCUACUCAACCGCUGCCAGAAAGAGUUUGAAAAGGACCAGGACGAUGAUGAGAUUUUUGAGAAAAAGCAGAAAGAGAUGGAAGCCUCCAAGAAUGACGAGGAGCGUGAGCGUUUAAGGGUGGAACUGGAAGAGUCCCGAGACAAAGCUCGAAGGCGCUCGCUGGGUAACAUAAAAUUCAUCGGCGAACUCUUCAAGCUGAAAAUGCUGACAGAGGCCAUCAUGCACGACUGUGUGGUCAAACUACUGAAGAACCACGAUGAAGAAUCUCUGGAGUGUCUCUGCAGACUGCUGUCCACCAUUGGCAAAGACCUGGACUUUGAGAAGGCCAAGCCUCGUAUGGAUCAGUAUUUCAACCAGAUGGACAAGAUCAUCAAAGAGAGGAAAACCUCGUCCAGAAUCCGCUUCAUGCUGCAAGAUGUUUUGGACCUACGAAAGAAUAACUGGGUUCCUCGUAGAGGAGACCAGGGUCCCAAAACAAUUGACCAAAUCCACAAAGAGGCAGAGCUGGAGGAGCACCGGGAACAGAUCAAAGUCCAGCAGCAGCUGCUGUCAAAGAAGGACAGCCGGGGUCCGCACACGCCAGCGAGGGGCCGGGUGGCCCAGUCUCAAGACGAGGGCUGGAACACAGUGCCCAUCUCCAAGAAUCGACCCAUCGACAUCACCCGCCUUAGCAAGAUCACAAAGCCUGGGGCCCUGGACUUCAACAAUCAGCGGCUGGCUCCGGAUGGGAAAGGCAUGUGGGGAAGCUGGGGAAAAGGCAGCAGUGGAGGAAGUGGAGCUAAACCAGCAAGUGGAGAUCAAGACUCUGGACGUCCAGCCACCAGCACUCUGAACCGAUUCUCAGCACUGCAGCAAUCCGGGGCGAUGUCCUCAUCAACAGACACCGAUCGCAGAGUUCCUCAGAGGUCGAGCGGCAGCCGGGAACGUGGUGGUGACAGAGACCGGAAUGACCAUGACAGGGAUCGCUACGACAGAUUUGCUCGCAGCGAGCGACAGGACGGGAACCAGUUCUCCAAGAGAAGUUUCAGCAGGGAAUCACAGGAGCGUGGUGGAAGGGGCGGAGACAGCCGGACAACAGCAGAAUCUGUGCGCCGCGUUGCCAGCAUGACCGACAAUCGGGACAGAGGAAGCAGAGACCGAGGCAGUCGGGACAGAGGAAGCCGAGAUCAAGGUGGUCGGGACCGAGGAAGCAGGGACCAAGGCAGUCGAGACAGGGGAAGCCAUGACAGAGGAAGCAGGAGCCAAAGUGGUCGGGACACUGGUCCGAGCAAAGACCUUCCAGUUAAGCGGGAAAGUGUUCCUGCUUCUCUUCCCAAACCUGCCAUGACAGAAGAGGAGGUGAGGAAAAAGACCAAUGCCAUUAUUGAAGAAUACCUCCACAUCAACGACAUAAAGGAGGCGCUGCAGUGUGUUGCAGAGUUAAAUAGUGCCUCUCUGCUCUACGUGUUCGUGAGCUGUGGCCUCGAGUCGACACUUGAACGCAGCACCCUUGCUAGGGAGCGCAUGGGUUUGUUGUUACACCGACUUGUAGAGGCAGGGACUUUGCCCGUACAGCAGUACUACCAAGGGCUACUAGAGAUCCUGGAAGUGGCAGAGGACAUGGCCAUAGAUAUACCUCACAUCUGGCUCUACCUGGCAGAACUCAUUACUCCCAUGCUCCAUGACCGGGGCAUCCCUAUGGGACAGCUCUUUAGGGAGAUCUCGAAGCCUCUUGUGCCUCUGGAGAAGGCCGGCUUGCUGCUGGCACAGAUUAUCAAGUUGCUCUGCAAAGGAAUGACUCAUGAAAAGGUUGGGUCUUUGUGGAGAGAAGCCGGACUAAAUUGGAAUGAGUUCUUGUCCAAGGAUGAAGAUGUCAACAAGUUUGUCACAGAUCAGAAAGUGGAGUUCACCACAGGAGAAGAGACGGAGUCGGAGGAAGCUGGAAGGAAGCAGAUCCUCAGUGGAGAUGAAAUCAGCAAAGAGCUGGACCGACUCCUUCAAGAGAAAGCCAACAACCAGCGAAUCAGAGACUGGAUUGAGGCCAAUCUCGAUGAGCAGCAGUGUGCUUCCAGCCAGUUUCUACGAUCAUUGAUGACAUCGGUGUGCCAGUCUGCCAUCAUAUGCGACAACCCGUACAAGGUGGAUGAGGAGCAGAUCAAAGAGAGAGCCAGUCUGCUGCAGAGAUACCUCUGUGACGAGGAGAAAGCCCUCCAGGCCCUUUAUGCCCUCCAGGCUCUCAUGGUGCACAUGGAGCAGCCUGCAAGCCUCCUGCUGAUGUUCUUCAACAGUCUUUACGACGAGGAUGUGAUCGACGAGGAGGUCUUCUACAAGUGGGAGUCCUGCAAAGAUCCGGCAGAGCAAACGGGCAAAGGCGUAGCCUUGAAAUCCGUCACCGGCUUCUUCACCUUCCUCCGCAACGCCGAAGAGGAGUCCGACAAGGACUGAGGAAUCGAAAUCCUGCUUUCAUCAAGACGUGGGGCGGCAGGGAGGGUUCAGCAGGAAACUGCGGCGAGUAGUAGACAAUAUAUUUAGCCCAGAGUGGCAGACUCGAAUCAAUCCUCAAUGAGGAUAAAUCUUUAUUUUUCUUUUUUUUUGUUUGAGAGAUGAACUCAGAAAACAAUCAUUUCUCCCUUCCCUCCUCUCCUGCUUUACACAGCAAGUGUCCUCAUGAAAUAAACUUGAAAACACACUCAGCAGGACUGCUUGUUAAUGACGUGUGAGAAUCCACACAUCACUACAAAACUGUUUUGUUUUUUUUUCUCUUUUCUUUUUUUGUCACAGUAACACAAACCAACUGGCUGCUUUUUCAUUCUCCUAGACGAUUAUGCCUAAAUAUCCUCUGACCUGCAGGAAGCAACCGCAGGGUGUGUGGUGCGGUGGGUUCCCUGACUCAUGGACGGACCUAACUCACAGGUCCUCUCUCUGUCCUUUACCGGAGUGUGCAGCAUGACUGAAGUGUGCUUCAAUUAAGAAUUCAGUGGACAAAAUGUUUGACAUUGAGGACUUGAAACUGAACUAGGCAGAUGGGGAGUUUUUAAUGCAAAGGUUGUCUAUUUUCUCUCUUCCUGUUUCCUAUCAUGAGCUUUCAGAGAACCGAUGUCGACUUUGACUACAGGGGGUUGGUCUUAAUGCUUCCUCUAAGCCAUCCUUUCCCAUCCUCGGUAGUGAACCACACUGACUGACUCUUCAUCUUUACCUCUUCUGUACUUUAACCUGACACCUUUUGACCCAAUCACCGUUAGAAACUUGAAAUCUGCAGAAAAAAAGAAGAGAAAAAAAAAAACGACGUGAUGAAAUUAAAUGUAUACAAAGACGGAGGGGAAAUAAGAAAAAUAAAUAAAUAAAAAACACAGAAGUGAUCCGAAAGCCUUUUCUACUUUAAGUGGAAACUCAUUUCAGGACCUUUCUGUAAAUAUAUAAUGAUGAUGAUGAUGAACUUUUUUUUCCUGUUUUAUUUUUCAGAACCUAUGACUUUCUGAUGUAAUUGCAGUGUCUCCUUUUCCAGCAGAAACCACAGUUGUCCAGAUGCAGAGAGGUGCUUUAGAUAAUUCAAUGAUUAUUAGUUUUAUUUGAAUUUUGUAAAUAUUUUUGUUUUGCUUUCUUUAUUUAAGAAAUGAUUGCUUCUUUUUGCAUCGGAAACUGGAAAGAGGAGGUGACAAACAUUACAAUAAAUGACUUAUUAAGUUGCUG